AUGGACACGUCGGGGCACUUCCACGAUUCGGGCGUGGGGGAUCUGGAGGAGGACCCCCGGUGCCCGUGCCCGUCGUCGGGGGACGAGCGGCCGCCGCCGCCGCCGCCGCCCGCCGCGCUGCCGCCGCUCCAGCACAGCCUGUUGCACUCCUCGCCCGGGUCGCUGCGGGCCCCUCCUCCCGCCGCCCCCGCCGCCCUCCACCCUUCCUCCCGCCACGGCAGCCAGCUCAACCUCAGCGACCACUUGGGCGGCCACUCGCCGGGCUCGGCGGUGCCGUCGGGGGGCAAACACCGGCAGCCCAGCCCCCUGGUGCACCGGCGGGACAGCAACCCCUUCACCGAGAUCGCCAUGAGCUCCUGCAAGUACAGCGGGGGGGUGAUGAAGCCCCUCAGCCGGCUCAGUGCCUCCCGCAGGAACCUCAUCGAGGCCGAACCCGAAGCUCAGCCCUUACAGCUCUUCGGUGCCGGCGGACCCCCCGAAAUCGUCGUUUCGAGGGAGGACAACCACGCGCCCCCCGCCCGGCCCCCCACCCGGCACGGCCCCCGCGCCGACCGCCCGCCCGCCCGCCCCGCACCCGCCGGCUUUGCCAAAGGGCCCAAACGCAAAGCUCAGAACAUCGGGUACCGUUUGGGCCACCGGCGCGCGCUGUUCGAGAAGAGGAAGCGGCUGAGCGACUACGCGCUCAUCUUCGGAAUGUUCGGCAUCGUCGUCAUGGUCAUCGAGACCGAGCUGUCCUGGGGGCUCUACUCCAAGGACUCCAUGUUCUCCCUGGCCCUGAAAUGCCUUAUCAGCCUCUCCACCGUCAUCCUGCUGGGGCUCAUCAUCGCCUACCACACGCGGGAGGUGCAGCUCUUUGUGAUCGACAACGGUGCCGACGACUGGCGGAUCGCCAUGACGUACGAGCGCAUCCUCUACAUCAGCCUGGAGAUGCUGGUUUGUGCCAUUCACCCCAUCCCUGGGGAGUACAAAUUUUUCUGGACCGCACGCUUGGCGUUCUCCUACACUCCCUCUCGGGCAGAGGCGGACGUGGACAUCAUCUUGUCCAUCCCCAUGUUCUUGAGGCUGUACCUGAUUGCACGUGUCAUGCUGCUGCACAGCAAGCUCUUCACCGACGCCUCGUCGCGCAGCAUCGGUGCGCUCAACAAGAUCAACUUCAACACUCGUUUUGUCAUGAAAACCCUCAUGACCAUUUGCCCCGGGACGGUGCUGCUGGUGUUCAGCAUCUCCCUCUGGAUCAUCGCUGCCUGGACGGUGCGGGUGUGUGAGAGGUACCACGACCAGCAGGACGUGACCAGCAACUUCCUGGGUGCCAUGUGGCUCAUCUCCAUCACCUUCCUCUCCAUCGGGUAUGGGGACAUGGUGCCGCACACCUACUGUGGGAAGGGGGUCUGUCUGCUCACCGGCAUCAUGGGCGCUGGUUGCACAGCCCUGGUGGUGGCCGUGGUGGCCCGAAAGCUGGAGCUCACCAAAGCUGAGAAACACGUCCACAACUUCAUGAUGGACACGCAGCUGACCAAGAGGAUCAAGAACGCGGCGGCCAACGUCCUGCGGGAGACGUGGCUCAUCUACAAGCACACCAAGCUGCUGAAAAAGAUAGACCACGCCAAAGUCCGGAAGCACCAGAGGAAGUUCCUACAAGCCAUUCAUCAGUUGCGCAGUGUGAAGAUGGAGCAGCGGAAGCUGAGCGACCAGGCCAACACGCUGGUCGACCUCUCGAAGAUGCAGAACGUGAUGUACGACCUCAUCACCGAGCUCAACGACCGCAGCGAGGACCUGGAGAAGCAGCUCGGCAGCCUGGAAUCCAAACUGGAGCAGCUGAGCGCCAGCUUCAACUCACUGCCUCUGCUGCUGGCCGACAUGCUGCGCCAGCAGCACCAGCGCCUGCUCGCCGCCGUGGUGGAGGCUCGGGCCGUUGCCGUGCCUGCCGGCACCCCGCAGACCCCUCUAUCCGAGAGCCCCAUCGGGGUCAGCUCCACCUCCUUCCCCACCCCGUACACCAGCUCCAGCAGCUGCUAAAAGCGCAGAGCAAAGCCCCCUCCUGGCGCUCCGUGGACACGAGGAGAGCUGGCGGCGGCCCCGAGGACUCGGUGUUCCCUCUGGGAACGGUGUUGGAGCGGUGAUGCCUUGGGAUGGACAUCUCCCCCCUUCUCCCCUCCCCCCCAAACCCGCUCCUUUUCCCCCCCCCCGUUUCGGUGCCUCUACUCGUGGUGAAGGAAGGGGACGGAGGCGACGCUUCGCGCCGCGGCGCUCGGUGGAGGACAGGAAUCCACGCUCAAUCUCAGGUCUUCACAUUGAAAACAAAACAAAACGAACACAAACCAGUCGGAAGCACUGAAGCGACGGAGACACCGGAGGGAGAAUCGCACCGUGUGGAGCUCGGGGCCACAGGGGGGGGGGGGCACAGGGCUGCUCACCCCCCAACCCCCCUCCCGCAAUGCGUUCCCCUCCUCCUGACCUUGGAGUUCUUGCACAGCUCUGCCCUGAGAUGUCCGUGCUCCGUCCCGUCUCCUUGCCAAGACACCAACACGUUCCCCUCGCUCUGUUCCAGGGUAGGUGGUGGGCUCCGAGCUGACCGGGGGUUCUCUCUGCAGCACCGGUGCUCUCCGUUGGGGCAGAACCAGAUCUUCAUUUUGGCUCAUUGGAGCCUCGAGCAGUGCUUAAUGCAGGUGGGGACGGCCCCAUUGCUGCCCCCCACCCCAUCUGGGGGUCUCCAAACCCCGGAACAACCCUGAGGUCGGGGAAGGCACCGGGCACAGCUCCGACCCCGAUGCCGCGGACGAUGCUCAGUGUGGGACACUUCAUCUGUUUAAAACUACCCCCACCCCACACCGCUCCUGCUGGGAGUCAGCAGCACUGGGGAGUGAAGAUCCCUGUUCUGCUGUCACCGUGUCCCCUUCUCGUGUCACCCCGCAGCAGUUUGGGGUUCUGCCCGGUCCCUGCGCUGCCCCCGCUUUGGGGACGGCGUUUGCUGCUUUCAUUGAAAACACAGCAGAGGAUAUUUAUAUAUUUUUAAACAGAUGAAGUAAGCGUGUAAUUACUCCGUGAUAUUAAUUACACAUCACCCGGCAGUGUCAGUAAUUGUAAUCAAAAGCCACUGUGUUACUCCAGGUAUACUCAGCCUGUAAUCUUCUCCUUCGUAACUCUUUCGCUCCCGUCAGUAACGCUGCGUUCCGUGCGCACGUAGGCAGGGAUGGAUCAGCCCCAGUGCAGAGGAAUUGCUGUGCAAAACCCCACUCCCUGCUGCUGGAAGGUAUCUUACUCCUCGUGCCCCGCAAUUAAAGCUGCACAGGAAACAAGCAGCGGUUACGAGGCGCUCCCCUCCCUCCCCCCCUCCUCCAGCCCUGCCAUUGGCACAUGGCAGAGGAGGAGGAGGAGGAGGAGGAGGAAGGCUCCUCCAGAGGAGCUGCAAAAUGCGCUCCUGGUGCUGCAGAGGUGGUGCUGUGAAGCCUGUUGGUAGCACGGUAGCAGCCCCGGUUGUUCUUGUCGCAUGGUUUGCAUUCAGGGAGCACAGAGCUUCACUGCCAGCAUUUUCUAUUCUUUGGCCAGCAGUGCAUCUUCAGCUUCUGGGAAGGAGCUGCUCUUCCCCUGCACGAAGAUCUUGUCAUUAGUUUAAUUGCAGGGCGGGCAGGGCUGAUGGGAGCGUGUCACUGCCUCGGCAGCGUGCCAGCGCCAGCUCUCAGCAUUGCUACCAGUCCCUGUGCCUCCACGUAACCAUCCCUCACCUCCCCGCUCCUCGGAUGGGGUGAAGAGGAGAUGCCCAUCUUCCCAUCUGCCCAAGGAGAUUUCGAGCACGGUGAUGGAGGAAGCCUUGUGAACGCCAAGGAUGAGCCUAAAAUACAGAAUCUCCACUGGCCGCGGGCAGCCAGCAGAGAAAAACGUUUCCACGCCUCUCCUGUGGUUUGUGUAGGAACGAAGUGCCGUGCAGCGAUGCGUUGUGGGGCUGAAGGAAGUAUUGAUGGCUGGGAAUCGAUAUCUCCAGCGGGAACCUCCUCACGGGCUGGUAAUCAAGUCUGAGAAAGGAACAAGAGUAGAACAAGAGGAGGAAGUGCCAGCUGGGCUGUGAGGGAGUGACAGAGCGGUGAUGAGAGCUUCAGCAUUGCCACCAGUGCAGGAGCACCUCGUCCUUGGGCAGAGCUGCUGCUUCCUCAUGGCACCACUGCAGCCCACGGCCCUGUGCCCUCCAUCGCAUGCUCUGAGCUCAGAGCUUGCACGUGGCACCCCCAGCUCUGCACCUCAUCCCCUGCGGACCCCCAUCCUCACACAGCCCAGCAGUCCCUCUGCCCAGCACCCCGCACCUCAUGCACCUUGCACCCACGCACCUUGAAUCCCACAGCCUGCAUCCAUGCACCCUUCGUCCCUUGCACCCUACAUCCUUCAUUCCGUAAACUCUACACCCUCCAUCCCACGCAUGCUUCAUCCCUUGAACGCUAAAUGGUGCGUGCAUCCAUGCACCCUACACUCUUCAUUCCCCACAAACUACACCCUACACCCCAUUCACCCUUCAUUCCAUUCACCCUACUCCUCACGCACCCUUCAUCCAAUGCACUCUAAACCCUUCAUUCCAUGCACUCUACACCCUCCAUCCCAUGCACCCUCCAUCCAAUGCACGACACCAUACAUCCCAUGUACCCUUGUUCCCAUGCACCCUUCAUCCCUCAUAUCCCACACCCUCCAUCCCACGCACCCUCCAUCCAGUGCUCUACACCCUGCAUCCUAUGCAUCCUUAUUCCUACCCUUUAUCCCUCAUACCCUACACCCUCCAUCCCAUGCACCCUCCAUCCAAUGCUCUACAUCCACAUCCUCCACUCCGUCCUCACCCGCUGCCGGUUCAGCACCGCGGACAGCGGCACGUCGGU